GAGAAUUACUCACGCCUGAGAGCAUGCUUUGGAACAGCAGUCUGGACAUCGUGUCACUAACAGCUGGGAUAUUCUUUUCAGCUGUUCAUUCACCUUUAUACUGCAUAACGGAUUUCUAGAUUGACGGGCCCAAAGGGCUGAAUUUGUUUCAGUUAUGAAAAAAGAGCAAGGACUGAAUUAUUUUACAGUGGUGUGCUGGAAGAGAAGAAAGAUGACCGAACCGUGUGUCAUCUUCCUGUAUAUCUGGAUUUUAUUAGCCGAAGCCUGAUGCCAAAGCUUUUUUUUUAUUGUGUUCUCUUCAUUUCUCAAUGACACAAUGGGAAACAACAUAGGCAGAGGGACUCAGAAGAGGAGGAGUCUGCUCUCUUAUUACAUCAUUUUUUUAGCCUUAAGAACAGAUUUAUUGUCCACUGGAGAAUCACAGCCAGAUUUUGUGUAUAUAUGAGCGAGUUCUGGGUGGAACCUUCAAGAGGAAAACAGACUGCUGGCAGAAACUGGAUCAUUUCUUGCUGCCCACUUCUUUUAGUCGCUCAGCCAUCAUGUCUCAGCCUGGUCAGGAAGAUGAACAAACUCAACGUCCUGAAAUGAGAGAAGAGGACCUGACUGAAGCUAAGACCAAGCUGGGUACCGGCGGGGCUGCGAAGAGCAAAACUUUUGAAGUAAUGGAGGAAUGCGAGAAAAUUGGUAAAGCUGCUCCCUCAGUGUUCAGUGGAGCGAGGUCAGGAGGAGAGACCGUUUUCAACACACGCUCCGCUCGACCGGUCAGGAAGUGAAGGGAAACUUCCCGACUACAGCUGGACAGCAGCUGUUCCAUGUUAAGGAGUCUCCCGCUCUAACUCAGCCUUUUGAAAGUCUUGCAAACUUUUAGAAGUUGCAUGUGUCAUGAGGUCAUGCCAACAAGCUCCAGGUUUACACGUACAGAACACAAGUUCAUAACUUUAAAGCAUUUACCGUAGACCCCCUGAGGAAAUGUGGCCAAGUACAUUUCUUCAACAAAUGCCUUUCUAUACAAAGUUGUCACACUGCUUUGUUCUUCUGCUUCACUAUGUUACAAAUGGGCGUUGCAUCGCAAUUAUCUAACAACUGUAUAAUACACGAGUCAUUAGAGAUAAACUUACCCAACUCUCACAUGUACAGCUGGACAGAUUAGUGUAAUAUUUAACCAAUCACUCACUUACUGAAAACGUUCUUUAACCUUUUUUUUAUAAUCUUUGGUUAGUGUUGGGAUGUGAAAGUUGCAGAAAUAAAUUAACUCACCCAACUGAAUCCU